AUGGGCAGCCUUUCUGAUGUUCGCGUGGAGCCAAUUGCCAUUGUCGGUUCUGCAUGCCGAUUCCCUGGGGGAGACAACUCUCCAUCCAAGCUCUGGGACCUUCUCCGCUCUCUGAGGGAUGUUUUGAUGGACUUCCCACCAAGCCGUCUCCGGCUAUCCAACUUCUACCACACAGAUGGAGAGCACCAUGGUUCUACUAAUGUGACAAACAAAUCGUACCUUUUGAGUGAGGAUCCGAAUGAAUUUGAUGCAGCACUGUUCAAUCUCAAUGGCCUUGAAGCGCAGGCCAUGGAUCGGCAACAUCGGAUCCUUCUCGAAACGGUCUAUGAAGGGCUGGAGCGUGGCGGCUGCAGCCUGGACGACAUCCAAGAGACCAAAACAUCAGUUUUUGUCGGCGUGAUGAACGCCGAUUACUACGACAUCCAGCUGCGGGACACGGAGACUAUGGCUCGGUAUAACGCGACUGGAACCGCAAGAAGUAUUAUAUCAAACCGAAUUUCGUACUUCUUUGACUGGAAAGAAGCAUCUAUGACUGCUGACACAGCCUGCUCAAGCUCACUCGUUGCCUUGCACCAGGCCGUUCUUUCGCUCCAAAACAGGGAGGCCUCAGCCUCCAUUAUCGGAAACGCCCUUGCUCAUGGAAGUACUGUCGUGGUUGUCCCGCAGAGUGUCCGGGGGGGCCCUGUUGCGACAGCACAGUUGAUGCUUCAGGAGAAGGUUACUUUCAUGAUUGGGACGCCGUCUGAGUACCUGAUGCUCCUUCAACAUGGCGGUGACUACCUCCGUCAAAACAGGGACUGGGGACAUGCCUGUCUCGGUGGUGAGUCGGUGACAGAGCCACUAAAGCGUGAGUUCCGGCGCUUAUCUCCUAACUGUCCCAAUGUGACUGAUUGCUAUGGGCCAACGGAAACUUCCGCUGCUACUUCAUCCAACACGCUUGACCUGCACCGGGAUGCAGCCAAUGAAUAUUCGACGGCUGGAAGGCCGGUUCCCAGUUCGACUAUAUACAUCUUAGGUGGGAAUGGGGAACUCGUCCCACCGGGCUUCGUUGGCGAAGUAUGCAUUGGUGGUGUCGGGGUCGCCCUCGGGUACUGGAACCUGCCAGACCUUGACAAGCGAAAGUGUAUCCAUGACCCUUUUGCAUCUUCAGCAGACAGGCGCCUGGGCUGGAAGAGGUUAUACAAGACGGGCGAUCGUGGGAGGCUGGGGCCAGACGGGGGCUUGAUAUUUAUGGGCCGACUCGAUGGUGACACACAGAUCAAGCUACGUGGCUUACGGAUCGACCUCGAAGAGGUGGGCAACAGCCUGCUUCAAGUCGCCGCCGGACUGCUUUCAGACACGGUGGUGUCGGUACGGGGGGACCCAGAAUUCCUUGUCGCUCAUGCAGUACCGGCCAGGGGUCAAAAGGUGACGAAUAGCGAUCCCAAGUCGUUCAAGAAAUCCUUGCCGCUACCCCAAAACAUGUGUCCGGCAGCUAUAGUGUUACUUGAUCGUCUUCCCACCACUCCGAAUGGGAAGGUCGACUGGAAGGCUUUACAGGAUAAGCCUCUGCCUACUUAG